AUCAUUUGGAUGGUUAAACAACCUGUUCUGGUGAUAUUGGUGACUUUACCAGCUCCCCCCAGCGUUCCCAGGCGAAAAAACAACCUUGCAACAUGAGGACUACCGUCCCGGCAAAAUAAAAAUCGGAAGUCUCGUGAGAAGCAAAACGAGAACGAGAACGAGCGCGAAACACGAGCAGCUUUACGGCAAUUCAACACACACACGCCCACCUCAAUACUAGCUAGAAGUAACCUGAGUACAAGCGACGAUGGAUAAUGUUCCAGCGAAAAGACUGAAGAGACGGUUAUCGGCGGAGGAGGUGAAAGAGAGGAAAAAACUUUUUGACCGUGCUAGGGACCGUACAAGAGUCAACAUUGGUCGUGCAUUCACCGAGUGGCGAGAACUAAAAGAUAAUGAAGAAUGCAGAACAGAUGCGGACCUUGCGUUUCUGCUAAUGCAAUUCUACAAGCGCUGGCAAGCGACAACGUCCACGCCACGCAAGGGCCAGUGCAGACCACCACAACCAGUGGUGUCGAGUAUCGGCACGGAGUCGGAUCAUGACCUAGAAAUGAAUCCCAAUGCAAUUGGUGUUGAAACGUUGGUUAGAGAGGGAGAAAUUGAGGUUUUAGAAUCCAGCAUGCAUUCCCUGGAUAUUAGCAAACAGGAUAACCAAGAUUCACCAGAUGAAGAGGAGGAGAAUGAUUUCAGGAAUACCUAUAUUGUCAUGGAUCCUUUUUGGGAUAACCCAAAAAAUGUGUGCUUUGAAGAUGGGUACAGCUCCGAUGAGGAUUUUGUCCCAUCUCUUCAUUUGCGCACUAUUGGUGCCAAAACAGACAAGCUUCCGGAAAUCAGUGUGGACGAAGCUGUGUUAGAUUUUUUUGUAUCUGAUUGUCCAGUUGAUGAAUCGGAAUCAGAUUCUGUUCCAGAACAACAUAGAAUAACUACAGAGGAAGACCUAGUUGGUAAAUGUGCAAACAUUACAUACAACGAUAAUCUCCUUCAACUCGCUCGGCACCUGAAACUACCAAUCAAGAACUGCAAACACAUGGACAGACUGUCUGGUUGUCCAUGUCCUGGUGUUCCACCGUUUCAGGUCACCCUGAAACCUCGUGGGACUGGAGCAGUUUUGGAAUGGUUCUGCCCCUUCGGACACAGCCAGUGGAAGUGGAACUCGCAGCCAACUUUAAAGUUUGGCAUGCAGGGUGGGGACUUCAUGCUCUCUGCAAAUAUACUACUGUCUGGCAACAACUACAGAAAAGUAGCUCUUCUUUUCAAAUUCAUGGCCAUGGGGAUGGUUACAGAAUCGACAUACUACCGUAUCCAAGAUGCAUACUGCAUAGAGCCUGUCCAAGACUUCUGGGACAACAUCAAUGCCAAAGUCAUGGAGCGUAUGCGUCAAAAGGACCAUAUUGUUGUUCUAGGAGACGGCCGAAUGGACUCUCCUGGACACUGUGCUCAGUAUUGCACAUAUACAACAAUAGAGCAGGAGUCUAGAGAUAUCAUCCACAUCGUUUCUGUUGACAAAAGGGAGACCAGCCGCAACUCCGUGAUCAUGGAGAAGGAGUGUUUCGUUCGCACCAUGGAUGCUCUGCUCCCAAAUGUCAAAAUAAAAGAAGUGGUUACUGAUGCCCACCCUCAGAUCAUGGCAUUACUGAAUCCUGAACGUGGACGAUACAAGGAAUGGGGAUUACAGCAUUCACUUGACAUUUGGCAUGCUGCUAAAAGUCUUAGCAAAAGGCUUCGAAAGGCUGGAGCAGUGAAAGGGCAAAAUCAUAUUCACAUCUGGACACGGGACAUUGUCAACCAUUUUUGGUACUGCAGCAAACAGGCCUCCACAGAGGAGGAAUUUAAGAUUCUUGCAGUUGAUGUGGGUUGUUGUAAUGCAUCAUGUGUGCAAUGA